ACAGACGCGACAGAAAGAUUGCACGGGAGUAAUAACAUUCAAUAUUUACGAUCACCUUACGGCUGGAAGAAACGAGUAGGGGAAGAUGGCUCUCGACUUUUUCGCUGGAUGUCUCGGGGGAUGCGCCGGUAUUAUGGUGGGAUAUCCUCUGGACACUAUCAAAGUUCACAUGCAAACGCAAGAUUACCGCAACCCAAAGUACAAGGGCAACUGGCACUGCUUUCGAACGUUGCUUGCCAAGGAAUCGGUAGGAGGUCUUUACCGAGGAAUGUCAUCUCCGGUGGCUGGGGUGGCGGUCGUGAAUGCAAUUAUCUUUGGUGUCUACGGGGAGACCCAAAGGCGCACGACCGAUCCUGCCUGUUUGUCCUCACACUUCAUCGCCGGGUCCUUAGCCGGGAUCGCUCAAAGUCCCAUCUGCAGUCCGAUCGAGCUGGCGAAAACGAGAAUGCAACUACAAACGUCCACCACGCAAUUCUCAGGACCCGUUGAGUGUCUCCAACACACCUACAAACACGAAGGAUACCGCGGCGUGUUCAAGGGUCUCGGUGUUACGUUGCUCAGAGAAGCGCCAAGCUUCGGUGUCUACUUCCUCACGUACGAAGCGUUGACUAGAGCGUCAGAGAACAAGCCCGUCUCAACCCUGUGCAUGCUCUUAGCUGGAGGACUAGCUGGCACCGCCUCCUGGGUCAUCUCAUACCCGCUGGACGUGAUAAAAUCUCGGAUUCAAGCCGGUGGCAAUCGGUACAGCGGAGUAAUUGAUUGUUUAAAGCAGUCGGUGCACACAGAAGGAUACUCCUGCUUGUAUAGAGGCCUGAGCUCGACGAUCAUUCGAGCGUUUCCGACGAAUGCCGUCACCUUCACCGUAGUCACGUGGACGUUCAGAUUGUUAGGCCAGGAAGACGUCACACCUUUUCAGGAGAAAUCGAACGUGGUGGAAUCCAUCGGAGAUUUCGGAGGUAUGUGGAGGUGGUUCCUUGAAAGGUGGAACAGUUUUUUGACAAGCGCAUCCAGAGGCAUGGUCAUUCAUAGGUUGCACUGUUCCGCAUUCGUGUCGACGAUACCGACAAACGUGUCGAAGCUUGAGUGUCCCGAAGGUGAUAAGUGGACGGCAAGGAGGAUCGAGUACUGCGAGCAAACACGGGACGAUAAAUACGCCAGACCGGAAGCCGAGAGCUCGAGAGUGUCGAGCGACGAUGUUGAAGAGGAUAAUAGUGAGGACAAGAUGGAGAGGGCUGUUUUUAAAUAGACGGUCUCUGUCAGUUAUUUUGAAAAAUAAGAUAAUUGGCGGACACUAAUAAACUGCCCGAUUAUAAAAUA